CUCCUCCUUCCACCUCCGAAGCUUUAUCUGAUUGAUCUCUCAUGGAGAAGAGCAGGUCAAUGCCACAGUAUACAUCCUCCUUCUCCGGCCGGUUCGGUUAUGAAGAUGGCAGCAAUAUUAAUGGAUACAGCUUCAAUGGACCAAACGGGAAGCAAGAUGGCUUCACAAGCUCUAGUGACCCUGAGCUGAAGAGAAAGAGGAGAGUGGCCUCAUAUAACUUGUUCACAAUGGAAGGGAAGCUUAAGUCAUCAGUGAGAAGUAGCUUCAAGUGGAUAAAGAACAAGCUCACUGAUGUACGCUAUGGAGUUUGAAGACAUGGAGACUUGUUUGAUGAAAGAGUACUUUAAAUGAAUAAAAAGGUUUGGCAAUUACUAGUGUGUGUGUAUAUAUAUAUACAUAUAUAUAUGUUUUUGCAUGGUUUUUAAGUGGGGGGGUUUUAUUUAUUUAGAAGGUUUUGCAUGCAUGGUUGUAUGUUUUACUUGGUUUGGGAUUUUGAACUGUUGGUGUUGCAAGUUAGUGCUUUUCUUUUCUGGUUUGUUUCAUGGGCAUGUUUAAUUUUAUGAAAGAUCAAAUCAAGAAGAGAGAGAGAGAGUUGCAUAUGAACUUAAUAUUUUUUGGAACAUGUAACUUCUUGUAUGUUUUAUGAAAGGGAUUUUUAUUGAA